GUGUGUGAGAGAGGUGAAAGUCUGGAAACAAGGAAGUGCAAUGUACACUAAACAAAAUGGACUUUAACUGUCAGUCUCGAUGACACCCAACCUCUGAAAUCAACCUGCGAGAAAAAAGAAAUAAAUGAUAGGAAGCAAGAGAAGUAUAUUCAGAAGCUGUAAGAGAGGCCACAAAAAGGAAGGAAGAAGUUUGUAACAGUGCAUGAGAGAGUGAGAAAGGGAGGGCCAUACGAAAGGCUUAUAUACUCUGUCAGGACGACCUGCUCUUCAAAGCAUCGAAAACACUGUUUACGUUUCGAGAGAGAAGGAGAAGCAGAGAAGGCAGGAAGAGGAACAUUUGAAAUAGGAAGAUGGUUCGGUGGUUCCACAGAGAUCUGUCUGGAAUAGACGCAGAGACCGUUUUGAAGACCCGAGGCGUCCAUGGCAGCUUCCUGGCCCGACCCAGCAAGAAGAAUGUGGGCGAUUUCUCCCUGUCUGUUAGAGUGGGGGAAAUGGUCACACACAUUAGGAUUCAGAACACAGGUGAUUAUUAUGACCUGUACGGCGGGGAGAAGUUUGCGACAUUAGCCGAGUUGGUGGAGUACUACACUGGAGAUCACGGAACUCUACAGGAUAAAGAUGGGACCGUUAUUGAGCUCAAAUACCCAUUAAACUGUUCCGAUCCCACCACUGAGAGGUGGUACCAUGGCCACCUGUCGGGUCCAAAUGCUGAGAAGCUGAUCCGUGAGCGCGAUGAGCCCGGGACGUUCCUGGUGAGGGAGUCGCUCUCUAAACCAGGAGACUUUGUUCUGUCUGCGCUCACCGAUGAAAUGACCAGUUCUGGUAGGAGGGUCUCCCAUAUCAAGAUCAUGUGCAACAAAAAUGACCGCUAUACAGUUGGUGGUAAAGAGAUUUUUGACAGUUUGACAGACCUUGUGGAGCAUUUCAAACGCACUGGUAUUGAGGAGUUGUCUGGGACAAUGGUUUAUCUCAAACAGCCUUAUUACUCCACAAGGUUGAACGCAGCUGAUAUUGAGAGCAGAGUAAAGCAGCUCGACCAAACCUCAGAAAGGGAGAACAUGGAUGGGGCCGAUAAAAAGAUAAAAGCUGGGUUCUGGGAAGAGUUUGAUGCGCUGCAGAAGUUGGAAACCAAGGUAACAAAGAGCAGAGAUGAAGGAAUGAGACCAGAAAACAAAAGCAAAAACAGAUACAAGAACAUCCUUCCCUUUGAUGACACUAGGGUUAUCCUGCAGAACGCUGAUCCCAAUGUUGUCGGCUCUGAUUACAUCAAUGCUAACUAUGUUGUAAACAAAUUAAUGGAUAUUAAUCACCAGAAAGUUUACAUUGCUUGUCAAGGCUGCCUCGCAACAACUGUAGGCGAUUUUUGGCAAAUGGUCUGGCAAGAAGAGUCACGAGUAAUAGUCAUGACAACAAGGGAGGUUGAGAAAGGACGGAAUAAGUGUGUGCCAUACUGGCCCACUCUUGAGGGAGAGUCAAAGGAAGUAGGCAGAUAUGUAGUGACGUUACUGGCUGAGAAGGAUGCCACUGACUACAAGAUCAGGGUGAUGGAGCUCACGGCUCCGCAUCGGAAUGAGCCAGCUCGGACCAUUUGGCACUACCAGUAUUUGAGCUGGCCCGAUCACGGCGUUCCGCAAGAGCCUGGUGGAGUGCUUAGCUUUCUGGAGCAGGUCAACAUCAAACAGAACGAACUGUCCUCAUCUGCACCUAUGAUCAUCCACUGCAGUGCUGGUAUUGGACGAACAGGAACCAUUGUGGUGAUCGACAUGCUUAUAGACUCGAUUGAUGCUAAAGGUUUGGACUGUGACAUCGACAUCCAGAAGUGUAUUCAGAUGGUUCGAGAACAGCGGUCUGGCAUGGUGCAAACCGAAGCCCAGUACAAGUUCAUCUACUUGGCUGUGCUACAGUAUAUAGACUCGACUAAGGUCACACGAAAGGCUGUCAUGGAAACUGAAACUGAAUAUGGAAACCUUUCAAUUAAUCCUAAACACCAGAAGGCCAGUCGCAAAGCCUCUGCAAAAAAAAAAAUGAAGAUGUUUAUGAGAAUCUCGGAGCAAAGGGAAAGAAAGAUGUCAAAAAGCAGAAAUCGGAGGAAAAGAAGAGUGGAUCUGUCAGGAAACGAUAAAAAAAUAACAUGAAAAGAUGAGAUUUAAUUGUGCUUCGUAAUUGUACAGCUAAUUUUAAAAUACAAUUUCAGCUGUUUUACAGACAUACUGUUUAAAAGGAAACUGAGCCAGGGGUUUUUACAAAGAUGCCAAAUAUUUGAUCUUAUCCAACAAAUCUUGCUAUAUUGUUUUCUCUAUGUAUUUUUGUGUCAUUUUUAAUAUUUAGUAAAAAAUUGUUGUUAAAGUAAAUUCACUAAGUUGUAAUUGAUAUAAAUCAUCCACUUGUUCUCAGUUUUAAUAAAAGUCCAUUCCAAAGACUGUUCAGAGUUAUCCCUGGCCAUUAUGGUUUUCUUCUGUAAUAAAAUAAAGAUGUGUUUGCAUAGAA